UUUAUAUUUUAUAUCGCACAAUUUUGGAAAAACCUUCAAAAACUCUUCCAUUUGAAAACUAAUUUCGGAAAAUCUUUAUACUUACUAAAAAAAUCUAAAUUGCUUUUUAGUUCUUUAAACCUUUACAAAACAAUUUUUCGCACAAAAUUAAGAACAAUUUCCGCUCGUUCUGCCAACAUAAACAGUUAGGGAUUAUAUAACAGCGCUUCAAAGAAAAACGAAGAUGUCACGUAGACAGCGUGUUGUCGUAGUCGUGGAUGAGGAUGUACGUGGAGGCGAUCCCGAAGAGUUUCGCAACAUUUUGGAUCUCUCCAUGUCCAUACCGUCACCUGCGCUCAAAGGCUUCAAGUCAGCCAUUUACGCCAAAUGGGCGACGCAUGCGCACACACAACCGCUACGUUUCGACUGUGUGGGCACAACACGCAACGCAUUCGUACGCGCCGAAUAUGCCAUGCUCAUGGACGAACUAUUUCUAAACAGAUCCAGUUGUUGCUUGCUGCAAUUCUUUCCGCUACGCGAAUGCCAAAUAUCAUUUCUAUGCAAUUUACUUGUCUCCGAGGUGGACAAGCGCAUGAUGGUGCUGCAGGCCAAGUUACUGAGGAUCAAGGUUGAAUAUUUUGAUCUACGCAAAUAUGAUGUUAUCAAUUUCCUCGGCUCCAGCCACCCACGUUCCACAACGAAGAAUCAACGCAAUUCGCGUCCACAUAAUUUAUUCGGUAAUACCUUGGAUUUAUUGCGUUGGCUGCAAACCCGCUAUCUGCAGCUCUUCGGCAAAGGUCAAGGCACUGAAAAUUUGGAUUUGGAGUUCACUUUCAGUGACUCACAGACUCGUGUUCACACCGUGCGCUUAUCUAUAAUGCACGUCUUCCUCUGUCACAUGGAUAGCGAUACGAAGACCUGUCUGCGUAAUUGUUUCGAGAACAUACGUAGCGCAAAGCGGGGUCGAAAGAGUAUUAUGCUUACGGAUUGCCUUCGAGAAAUAUUGGGACCAAAAGCGAAUUGGUUUACCUGGUUCGUAUUCCAUGUGCCGAUAGCGAAAGGGCGCGGUAUUAUCAUUGAUGAUCAACUGAAUUUAGCCAGCUCUGCUUAUGCCGGUAUCAAUGCAAAAGAGUCUUCAGAUGUCAGAGCGCCAGACGAUUUCGAUUUAAGCAGCUUGCUCUCCUUCUUAAACGUUUCAAAUGAUAGUCAGCUGACCGUCAAUUCGCAAUUGGGCGCGUCUGUAUUAAGUAUGGCACAAAAUACACCAACAUUUAUUGCAGCUAAUUCGUCCCGCUCGAUAUCCAAUAGAUUAGUGAACAAGCAUAAUCAGACGUAUAACUUGAAUACCUGGUAUACGAAAAUGGAUCAGCUGGUGCCGGCGGUGCUCAAACACAUACACAGCCUGUACGAGUAUAAAUAUCGUGAAAAUAUACAAAAAAUCUGUAGCGAACUCAAGAACAUGUUAAGCUUCAGCUCACUCCGUCCAGCGAAUAGUAUUUGUUGCAUGAGUCGGAAAGGUGAGCGCUCGGAGUCAUUGGAUAAGCUCGAAAAGAAUUAUCACAUGAUCAUAAGGGAGUUCAUACGUUUGGCUAAAGAGAUUGAGAAUUCACCGGAUAGCGCGAUCUUGCGCGUCUAUCUUGAUGCUAAGAAGAAGGAAAUCAAAGAUUAUGCGACGAAUUGCAAAUUGCGCCAUCUCGAGACAUGCCAGAAUUGUCUAAUCGAAACGAUUAAAGGCGAAAGAAAUAUGCUGACCAAAACGGGCACUAAUCUUGAGUUUAUAAGAUAUCCAGCCUUCAAGACGACCAUUUCGGGCAAUGCAUAGUAAGUGGCUGUAAAUAACAGUAUUAACGGUACUCUGAAAUUUGUUAGCCAACAAAUGUAACUGUAUUUUGACAAUAACUUUCUGUGCGCCCUCUUGAGCUAAGGCAGAUAUUUACAAAGUACAGUUAAUUUUUUAUAUUUUUCAGUAAAGUUUUUUUAAAUCUAUGGUUGGCUCGGAAUGAGCCUGGAGUUCAAAAAGUAAGAAUAAAAAACUGCAAAAUCUAAA